AUGGGGUCACUUUUUGAUGUUCUGGGAUCUUGUCUCAUGGACAUGGCUAAGAUGGGAAUAGUGGAAGAAGCUAAGGUAGACUCAUUCAAUGUGCCAGUGUACUCGACAACACCACAAGAAAUAAAGAAAUUGAUAGAGAGAAAUGGGUGUUUUAAUAUAGAGAGAAUAGUAGAUAUUCUUCCUCAAGAAAAUAAGUUAAAGGAGUUUUCUGCACAAACAUAUAGUGACCAUACGAGAGCUGUUAUGGAAGUGGUUAUAAAGUUACAUUUCGGGUGUAACGAGCAUACAAUCGAUCACCUUUUCCAACAUCUAUAUCCCAAGAAAUUUGAAGAUACUCUUGCAAAUUUGAUGCAGUCUAUGGGGAAAACUAUUGUGUUGUUCAUUAUUCUCAAACGCAAAUGA